GUGUGGAGGAGGGGGUAGUUGAGUAAAGUGUCUCGGGUUCGGGAGCGCAGCUCGUCCGCUGGUAUUUCAGGAAUGUGUUGAUCAUGGCGGCCGCUGUGAAGCCCGUGAAGAGCGGACUGCUCGAGCUCCGCGUUACCGUCGAUCACUGGAUCCGCGUCCUCGCCACCCUAACCGGAGACUCGUUCACGGUGAGCCCCGGAGAACACAGCGAUGAGUCCGCGAACAGCGGCAGUCCCGCGCCCGGCGGGGCGUUGAACGGGGAUCCGGCGAACCUCAGCGCCUCCCCGGUACCGGAGACCAUCACUAACGUCAAGAGAACCGUGCGAGUCACCAAACAAGAAGUCGGAGGACUUGGAAUAAGCAUUAAAGGUGGUAAGGAGAAUAAGAUGCCUAUUCUCAUCUCGAAGAUCUUCAAAGGGCUCGCGGCUGACCAGACAGCCGCUCUGUACGUGGGAGAUGCCAUAUUGUCCGUAAACGGCUACGACCUGAGAGAGGCGACCCAUGAUGAAGCCGUUCAGACGCUGAAGAAAACAGGCAAAGAGGUCAUUCUGGAAGUGAAGUACAUUAAGGAGAUGUCAGCGUUUUUUAAAGGCGGAUCCACAUCCGGACCUCCCGUGCUGGAUUCUCCACCAGCGACCCCUCAGAAACAGGCCGACCCCGCUCUUAAAGAGACCCGGACCAUCCCGCUCAGAAUGUGUCACGUCACACGCAAACAGUGUCCGCCGGACACAGAGGACAGGUAUUUUGAGGUGGUGUCGUCAGACAGAAAGAAGUUUGUGUUUUUAAGAGCUAAAGAUCACGCCAUGGGUCAGGCCUGGUACAACGCCGUCCAGAGCACAAGUUCAGCGUUACUGUCCGGCGCUAAAGCCGAGCUGACAGCACUGCAGCCCGGCAUGGACGUCAAACACAUCGGCUGGAUCAUCGAGCAGGGUUCAGAGCGGCCCAUACUGGCCGUGUUGACGGACAGAGAUCUCCUGCUGUACGGAUCUCUGCCAGACAACAGAGAAACACUCAACAAUCCUGACAAGAGCUAUCCUUUAAUAACCACCAGACUUGUUCAUUCUGGACCCGGUAAAAGCUCAUCUCUGCACGACUCUGAGUUGACGUUCGGCCUGCGGUUGGGCACUAAACAGGGUGUAGAGACUCAUCUGUUCCGAGUGGACGCGGCCAAAGACCUCUCCAACUGGACACAUCUGCUGGUGGACGGCUGUCACAGCGCCGCUGAACUCGUACAAGAAGUCACUACAGCCUGUAGCUGGAACGGGAAGGCGUGUUUGUUGAGUGUUCACAUAGACAAAGGCUUCUCGUUGUUUACGGAGGAGUCCGGCGUCCGGAAGAACGUUCUCCUCCAGCAGCCGUUCGAGCGUCUCCGCAUGUCUUCAGACGACGGCGUCCGGAUGAUGUUCCUGGACUUUGGAGGCCCAGACGCCGAGAUCCAACUGGACCUUCACUCGUGCCCCAAAACCAUCGUCUUCAUCAUCCACUCCUUCCUCUCAGCCAAGGUCAAGCGGCUAGGGCUGUUGGCAUGACGACCAGCAUCCGGAGAGCCCGCCUCCGCGGCGGGUCAAGUGAACGGAGGACCAGUGAACAUCAAGCCAAACAAACGUUCAGCAUAGACUGUCAGGCGUCAGCGUUCAGCUCCUGAAGGCCAAAACAAGCUUACAAACCUGAAGCCAUUCAACAAUCCUCUCUCUCUCUUUCUCUUUCAUUGGUUUGGCUUUGUCAUCGCUCGUUUGUUACGAAUAGCAGAAAUCUUUUAAACACAACUGCUGUUGGAACCGCAGUGACAUUAACACAAACUAUUAGACUGGAGCGAGUUACUGAUUCUCUAACAAACAUUUCUUGGAUACACAGUAGAUUGGAUAUAAAGAAAAUUGAUUCUGUCUAUUUUGAGCACGUCUGUGAUGCUGUCUAGUUAGGGAGCUUACUAGGGUUGGAAACAAAGCCCUAAUGUGUUUAUUUGACAGAAGUGAACAGCUGAUCUCAUCAUUAAAGGGCUUUCGGCAGCUGUGAUUAUCAAAAAACUUUCUACACUCACAGAAUGAUUUCUUUGGAAUUUACAGACAUGAAUCAGCAGAACAAACUGAUCAAAUCAAAUGCCGCCGUGGUACCGCGGUAUAUUGAAUGUUUCGUGUGAUAAUCCAGCGAAUCUUUGGUGUAUACCGCGGUACAAGAUACAUGAAAGAAAACCAUGGGAAGACUGUGCUGUUUUUUGUCAUAUUCAUCUUAACCGUGCCAGUCAAACUUACAAAUCAAACUUUGAUUAUAUUCGAGAAACUUUACUUAGAUUUGCUUAUGUUUUAAUCUGUGGAUGUUAUACUGACCCCUGCUGGCCGGUAUGAGUUACUACACUACAAACGAGAUGUUUGGAAUAGCGUACUAACAUACCAAUCUUACUAUUUCUGUAGUGUGCUUUUAUUUUGUGAGUGCACUGCAGUGUGUGGGGGAUUUUGAGAUGACCUACUCGGCAGAUUUUGUAUCCCACAAUGCAGUGCGCUUCCAUUUCCAGUAUGCUAAAGAAACCGAAAUAUCGUAUUUUUCCGGACGCACGUUCAGAUCAAAUUUAUAAGAUUAUAUUAAGAUUAUUUUGUUUGAACAAUUUCAUUUUUAAUUUGGUCUGCCCAAAGACAAGGCAUUUGAACCAAAAUCAGGUUCAAAGAUGCAAGUUUGUGUAAUACCUACUGUGAUUUGCUAGUAUUCUGUUCUGAACAUCCCACACAAAGUUUCCUUCAUUCUGUUUUCUUUCUUCAAACUGACGGCGGGGAGAAUUAGAGAUGCACCGAUAUAUCGGCCAAUAAUCGAUAUCGAUUUUCAUACUAUUGGUUACUUAUUUGACGUUUAAUAAUAGUCGUUAAAUGAAUGUAUAACAGAAUGUUCAAAAAUAUGAAUUGAACCUUUAGAAUUGAGUUAAUGCAAGUUAAAAUAACUGGCGUUGGUGGGUAUCGCUCUGAAUAAUCGGCUGUCAGUAUUGGUGGAGAAAUGUAGUGUCAGUGCAUCUCUAGGAAAAAUAAUGGGAGUGUUUUGUGCGGUAUCGGCAGAUGUCCUAUUGUUUCCAAACCAUGUUGUUUGAGUUCUGCCUUCUACAUUCUUCCCCUCACUUUAUUGUAACCGUAACAUCCACUUUAAAGAGGAACGUUUGGACGUCCCAACGUGAAGUGGAAAAUCUUCUCUCUGUGGCCUUUAUAAACUCUACUGAAUUUUAAUAUAUGAUUCAAACUGUAUUCAGUCUAUGUUAGCUUAACGAGAAAAAUCAUAUUAUAUAUCCUUAUUUAAACAGAAGAGUGCCUUCUAGGGUUGUUUGUAUAUAAAAUUGCAAUAAAUCUACCUUGACUUUGCUCGCAGAUGUGGCUAUUGUGUGAUGGACAU